AUGGACCUGGAUAUCUCGUCUUGGAAGGCACAUUGCGGUCCGCUCGCAUGUGGGUACGCGUUUGACCGCAUCCUCAACGAUUUUGACCCGGUAGUUGGACACGACCCUGCGCCGCGCAUCGCCAAGCCCAAUCCACGGUCGCUGUCGACAUUGCGGCAGGAUGCAAAACGCGCCGCAAACGAGCUCGCCUUCAAAUCUCGCGUGCAUUUGACGCGAUGUGGGUCUGCGGACGGGAACGACGGGGAGGGUCACGAUCAAGAUGGUGGUCGCGGAGAGGAGGACGUUUCUACAGACGAUCCUGAGGAGGUCGCGUUGGAUAACCAGGGUGGUGAGUUGGUUGUGGAGCCGGACGCGGAAAACGUGGCGGCGGAUGAAGUGGACGAGGAGGAGGAGGAGGAGGAGGAGGAGGAGGAGGAGGAGGAGGAGGAGGAGGAGGAGGAGGAGGAGGAGGACGAGGACGAGGGGGGGGAGAACACUGGGGCAGGGGCAGCUGUCUCGCCCGCGACAGCCGGGAAGUCUUUUCGUGCCCUCACUGCUGCACUGUCCCCUCGUGCAGGAAGCGCGGCCCCAUCGGGCGAGGCUGCGGGCAAGAGCCCGGUCGCGGGGAAGCGGAAGCACAGCGAGCUCGUCAAGAUGAAUCUUGGUAAGCUCGCCGAGGAGAUUCUGCGCCAGGACGAGCAGGUGCGGACACAGAAGCGGCGUAUCGCCAAACUUGAGGCUCGCGUGUCCGCGAAGGGCAGUGGUGAUGCAGCCGCGCCGGUGAUCGGAUCGACUUUCGAGGAGCUCACUGCCACGGUGGAGAAGGUUCUGCGUCACGUGCAGCACACGGAGGCGGUGGUCAUCAAGGAGGCAAAGGCGGCCGCGAAGGACAGGGCCGAGAACCGCGAUCUCCGAGACGUGCUGAAACGCACUGCUGGUCGCGUGGAAGACUGCGUGGGCACGAUGAAGGUGGUUGUCGUGGACUCCAUGGAAUCCGCCCAGAAGAAGCUGACGGACGAAGUCUCGAGGAAGCUUACGGCUCGUCAACCUCCAUUGCCGUCUCCGCCGAACGCGCGAUCACGACCAACGGUGUCACCAACGCCCUCAACACCGUCAUCGCCAUGCUUUCUGGUCGCGCAAAUCCGCCCCCCCCCCACAGAUGCACCGCAGGAGAUGGAGCCGGUCGUGGUCGCGGACAAGGAGACAGGGAAGCGGGCCGCGGUACCGAGGGCUGAAACCAGCAGGGGUGGGAAGCGGCAGAAGGGUCCCGCGAUCCCAAGUGUCACGGACAUCCUGAAGAGCAAGGGGGGCGCGGUUGCAACGCGUGCAGUGCAUCAUGCUGCAGCAGGGUCGAUCCCGCAGGGAACCAGCGCGGGGGAUGCUGAUGCGAGACCGACGCCUGCACCCACGGCCGUGGUGGCUGGUUAG